AUGCACCCCUUUUCCUCACUGACUAUCGGCAUCUUCGUUGCUGGCUACAUCACCGCGCGCUGGGAUCUCGUCACCAGGCUCUACGAGUUGGCAAUCUUUGCCUGGGACCACGGGGUUGUCACGCGAGCCACGAAAGCGUUCGUCCUCAUCUCCCUCAUUUAUGUCAUUAUCGCAAUCCCGUUGGAUCGAUUAGCAGCGCAGGAGGCAGCAGUUCAUCCUCGAGUGCCUGCGCAUGGUAUCUCGGCCCGCGAACAAUUGCGUCGGAGGGGUUCAUUUUGA